ACAGCACUGUUUGUGUUCCAAUUUUUAAUUUGUUUCCGUUCCAAUAAUAAGUGGAAACAGUGUAUCUCAAGUCAUCUGCUGCAUUACUUGGGAAACGCUUUUUCUCAUUUUUUCCCCUUGUAUUUAUGGUUUCCAACGAGUCAAGUCGAAUAUUACCAACAACAGAUCAUACUCAAUACCAGUCUAUUGGACCUUCUGAACCUGAGGAAAGAAAGUAUUUCCGAUACAAACUUCCUAUGAUUGGCCUUGCAGCCCUUAUCUCCUUGGUUAUUGGAGGCGUAUUUACUUAUGGCCUAGUAACAAAAAGCCAAGAACCUCUUUAUCAUAAUGGAACACACGCUUUUGCUCCUACAGUUAUCUUUAUCUCUUUAGAUGGUGUAGUGAACCAUGAUCUCGAUCUUCAUGUUACGCCUGUGCUUGAUAGACUAGCUAAUGAGGGUAUCAGAGCAGAAUACAUGACACCUUCAUUUCCGGUAAACAGAAAAGAAUAUGUUACAUAGGCUUAUACCCAGAAGCACAUGGUGUUGUAGGCAAUUACUUUUAUGAUGCUUCUUAUAACGAUAGUUUUUAUUACAAAAGCCCUG